CUCGCCCUCCGCGCCGAGGAUGCUGCGCGCCGUGCUGCUGCUGGGCUCGCUGCUGCUGGGGGCCGCUCGCGGCGCCGAGGCAGUCGAUGAGGACCACAACAGCUGCAGGAACCCCGACGGGGACGCCGCGCCCUGGUGCUACAUCCAAGGCGCUACCGGGAUCCCCGAGCGGCGAUCCUGCGACAUCGCCCAGUGCUCAGAUGCUACAGCUACCACAGUCCCAGUGCCUACAGCAGAAGUUGGUACAUCCCAGGAGGAUGAGCAGGUGUUUGAACCAGCUGAUACCUUGCCCUCCCGGAGCGAGGCAGCCGCGGUGCAGCCCGUCAUUGGCAUCAGUCAGAGAGUACAGAUGAACUCCAAAGAAAAGAAGGACUUAGGGACACUAGGUUAUGUGCUGGGGCUGAUCAUGAUGGUGAUAAUCAUUGCCAUCGGGGCUGGCAUUGUCCUGGGAUACAUCUAUAAGAGGGGUAAAGACCUGAAGGAGAAGCACGAACAGAAGGUUUAUGAGCGUGAAAUGCAGCGCAUCACGCUGCCCCUGUCAGCAUUCACCAACCCCACGUGCGAGCUUGUGGAUGAGAACACCAUUGUGGUGCACACCAACCAGACACCCGUGGAGGACACGCGGGACGGCAGCGGCCCCCUCAUGGGGCAGGCGGGGACUCCUGGUGCCUGAGCAACUCAGGCAGGAGCGCUACAGGCUGAGCAAAGCCUCCAGCUUCCCACUGUGAGUGCAGGGGUUGCGUGUGUUCAUUUCUAUUUUGUUUUCUUUUUGAUGAACGCCGGAUGAAGGUGAUGCAGAGGAACAGAACAAUGGGCUAUUCAUCAUCUCUUUGUGGGGCACCAUUCAGUGCAUGACCAGCUGGGGACUGGUGUGGUGGACCCUGCUGCUUCCUCCCACCUAUCUCCAUGGUGUGCCAAGGAGCUGGGGGGGACGAUGGGCCAGGCUUACAACUGGCCACAGAUCCCAUAGCCCGGAGUGUGGUCGUGGCUUCCUCUUUUUCUCUUCUUUUCCUAUUUAACGGUGUGCACUGUUACUUAAGUUUCAGCCUGGAACCUCAGGAGAGAACAGUACUGCAGGGACUGAGGGGAGCUUUAUGUCAGAUUUAGCUAGAUAAUUACACUCUGAUUAUAGUUCCUGCCUUUUUGCUUUAGUGGCUGAGAGCUGGAAGCACUGUCCAGAAUCCUGCUACUGGAUCAGGUUUUUUUCCAAGGAAGAGCUUAUUUGAGGGAUGUCUUUGGCCAGAAGCAGUAUGUUUAGCCCCAGUGCUCUCCUCAAGCUCUUGACAAAUCCAGGUCUUCCAGGGCUGAGGCCACUUCUUCAUUUCCCUGUGGUGCUACAUGCACAGCCACAGUUAUAGAUGUCCAGGGGGUCUGUCUGUGCCUCCUGCUCACUUAAACAGAUCAGGAAGGCAAGGGUGAGUGGUAGAUAGUUGUGGAGUGAAGAAAACAAACUGCCCUUCAGUUACUUACAGCAGGUUAAAUACUGAGGAUAGAUAACAUCCUCUUUUGAACUCCCUUGGCUUCCUACAGAGCCAGGGUUGGACAGAGUGGCCAAGCUGUGGAGGUCACCCUGAUCACACUGCAGCAGUUCUGGCUCUAAGGGCAGAACAGGGCAGCUGCUCUGUAAGAUACUGAAGUUCUGGCGUGGCUCCUGGCCCAGCCUCUGUCACAUUCAGCUUGUGCAGCAAGACUACUUACUUACAGAGCCUGGUCCUAUUAGAGAGGCUUUGUAACAACUUUUAUUAGCAUUUCAGGGGGUUUGGAAGGGAUGGUUGCUGCAGUGUCUCCCUAAUGGCAGCAAAGCAAGGCCAGUUCAGGGAAACAUCUGUCCCCGCUUCAGGGGAUUCAAGCCAUUCAAGUAAGUUUUCCAGCCAUCUGCUUUAUAGCUGUGGGCCUAAAAGGGAGCAGCACUUGGCAACAGGGGUUUUAGUGUUAAUGUUUGAUUCAGAAAAGGGAAAUAUUUUAUUUUUAAAUGCCUUUGAAUACCAUUUCUUUGUAAAAUGUUUUAAAUACCUCAUUAUGAGAAGGUGCAGACUGUGCUACCUUGUAUUAAAGCUUAAAAGAAGAAUGCUCUGUAGA